AUGUCUCCCGCCAUGGAGGACAGUUUUGAUUGCGAUACCCAGUCAUCCGACUGGGCCAAUGGCCGGGAUUCGCCCGUCGUCCGACACUAUUCCGAGCCUGUCCACAACCAUACUAACUCAAUUGAGGCGUCGCUGUCGCCAGCACCCUCCGUCCACCAGACCAAAUGUCCAUGGUGUGGCAAGUACGUCGAGACUUCCGAAGAUGAUUUGAGCUCUCAGCAUGAUGCUCUCAAAGAACACAUGGCUACCGUGCAUCCUCGUAUCGCUCGGCUUUCCAUGUAUGAUGGUGCCGGCGAUGAGGUCGAGGACAAAGCUGUCAGCGAAGAUAAAGCCGAUGAUGCAAACGAAGGAGAAGACGAAGUGGACGAAGCUGAAGUUGAUACCGCCGCUGCCACUACAGAGGUUGACGGCGAAGAUGAAGGUGGUAAUACUAACGGAGACGAUGCUGUCGAGACUCCCCUGGACGAUGAAGCCGAGGAGGUUUCUCUGGAACAAAAGCUCCGUGAACUCUCGCGCCAGAAAGCACAUACCGCUGUUGAGAAGCGUCUCGAAGCUUUUUGGAACAUCCACGAGGCGCGCAACUUUACCGAAGAUUACGACGAUGAGAUUGCAAACCUUGAGCAAAUCUGGGACUAUACCUAUCGCGAAGCGAAAUACAGCAAAAAGAGCGAUCCUUCUGACAUUCCCGAUCGUCCCAAUCCCUACCAAGAGGGUAGUGUUGCGAAGGGCGAAUUCUUGAAGAUCACACCCGUAGAGGAAUACCUGGAACUGCUGAGGAACCCCGAAGCUAUGUCUUACGAAGAACUGUACGCGGCGACCGCCAAUGCGGCUCACGCUCUCAAGACGUGGCAGGACGAGUGGCGUGCCAUCGAUCGACUCUCCAAACUAGCAAAUCGUCGCAUGAUGAAGAAUACUCCCAACCCACGGAAGACCGAGCGCCCUGAAGUUUUUGAAGACAAGAAAGAGGCGAUGCUCUAUGGCUAUAAGCACGAUCCGAGGGAAUCAAUGAUCGGCAUCCAAGAUCCUUUUGUCCAAGGUGGCUUCAGGCCCACCCCUGCCCAGCUGCGAAAGAUGCGUGCCAACGUAGCACCGGACGACCUGAAUCCCGACGGUUGGAAGCCCGUUGUCAAGUUCGGAGUUGAAUUCGUUCCCCGCUUCCAGAAUCCUCCUCUUGCGCCAUUCGAAGCGAAGAACACGCGCAGGCGCAAAGCCGCUCAGAUGGAGGCUGCUGCCCUCCUCAAAGAAGCCAACGAGAGGAAUACGCCUGCUGUCGAAACUGAAGAAGAAGAGGAAGAAGAAGAAGAUGAUGAUGGUGAGAGCCCGCCCUCCAAACGCGUCGCCCGAUCCCGUGGUGGCAAACCUGCUUCAACCCGUGAAACUCCUCAGGUACAUACAGCGCCUCCCAGUCCGGCUCCCGCAACUCGUCGUGGCGCCACAACCGGUCGUGGUGCGCGUGGUGGACGCGGUGGACGAGGCCGCGGUGCCUCCAACAAUCCCCCGGCCCGUUCCUCUGCACGAGUUGCAACAACUCGCGCAGCGGCAGUCGCUACUUCUUCCGCAGCGACUGCUCCUAGUCCCAGCAGCGCCCCAGCUCCGGCCCCUGCGCAGGGCGCUCCCGCGCCUUCAACGUCUGCGGGAGCGCCUGCUCCGACAUCUGGCCCUACGCCAAUUGCUCCCGCACCAACAACGGCUCCUACAAUUGCUCCUGCAACCUCGGCGGCUUCGUCGGCCUCAACCUCCGCAUCCGCCUCCGUCCCCGCCCUCUUCCAACCGGGCGAAACCGUGGAUCCGGCGGAAUUGGCACGCCGCCAAAAGAUUGCCAAUUCCAAGAAUCCACGGCGGACGGAGGCGAUGCUCAACCACUGGGCCCGGUUCAACCGGGAGGGCCGGGUUCGCAACCCAAAGCGAACCAAGGCCCAGAUUGAGGCCGACAGGGCCGCCGAGGCUGCACGAAAGGCCAACGAGCCUCCAAAGGAGCCAGGCUCCCGAAAGCGCAAGGCCGCUGGCCCCCCGGCCACCAAGACUCCGACCAAGAAAGAAAAGGUCGAACACUCGACCGGGGGGCCAGCGGCUAUCCAACCGGCUCCUAUUCAGCCGGCCACGGGGCCUAUGGCUCCGCCCCCUCCUCCUCCUCCCCCUGCGCCUGCUGCUGCCCCGACUUCGAACCCGGCCCACGGGACAGCUUAUCCUCCCGCACCUCCGACUCUUGCACCCGCCGGGGUGCCGCCAUAUGGGCCUAUCAACCCACCCCAUAUGGCGCCUCAUUAUCCAAACCCGGCUCCCCCUCUCAUGCCAAAUCAACAGCCACCGCCACUGGCCCCCCACCCUCAAAUGGGAUAUCCACCCCAUGGUGGAUAUCACUACGUCCCCUACGGGGGACCGUCAAUGCCUCCUUACCGUGGUGACAGAAGGUGA